CAGAAGUGACCCCAAUAUACUUAGCCAUAUCUUUACUUCCCAAAACUUGCUCUACAAUGAGUUUCCUUCGUUCUUUUGCAAGAAACAAGGAUAUAUCAAAAGUAGGACGCAGAGGUAUCCAUUGCAUGCAGAAACUAUGUGCAGAAAAAAUAUCUCCUGAUUCACUAGAGAAGGCCCAAAAUCGUGUGAUAGAUGCUGCACUCACACUUGUUCGAGAAAAUACAAGGCUUAAGAAAGAACUCGUGCAUAGUUUGGGAGGUGCUGUGGCAACUUCAACUCUUCUUGGAGUUCCUUUGGGUCAUAAUUCAUCGUUUCUUGAAGGGCCUGCAUUUGCACCUCCUUUCAUUAGGGAAGGUAUUUGGUGUGGUAGCGCAAACUCCACAACUGAAGAAGGAAAGGAUUUAAAGGACUUGCGAAUAAUGGUUGAUGUUGGUGAUAUCCCUAUUCAAGAAAUGCGAGAUUGUGGGAUAGGAGAUGAGAGACUCAUGAAAGUUGUUAGUGAUUCUGUCAAACUAGUGAUGGAAGAGGAUCCAUUACGUCCCUUAAUUUUGGGUGGUGAUCACUCAAUCUCAUAUCCAGUUGUCAGAGCCAUAUCUGAGAAGCUUGGGGGACCAGUUGAUGUUCUUCAUUUUGAUGCACAUCCUGAUCUCUAUGAUGAAUUUGAAGGAAAUUAUUAUUCGCACGCUUCUUCUUUUGCUCGAAUCAUGGAGGGUGGUUAUGCUCGUCGACUCUUGCAGGUCGGUAUAAGAUCAAUAAACAAAGAAGGGCGUGAACAAGCCAAAAAGUUCGGGGUAGAGCAGUUUGAAAUGCGACAUUUUUCGAAAGAUCGUCCAUUUUUGGAAAACCUGAAUCUAGGAGAAGGUGCUAAAGGAGUAUACAUUUCAAUCGAUGUGGAUUGUCUUGAUCCAGGGUAUGCUGUAGGAGUGUCCCACUAUGAAUCAGGAGGUCUUUCUUUCAGGGAUGUUAUGAACAUGCUGCAAAAUCUCAAAGGUGACAUUGUUGGUGGAGACGUGGUUGAAUACAACCCACAACGUGACACUCCUGAUCGUAUGACUGCCAUGGUAGCUGCUAAGUUUGUGAGAGAACUCGCUGCAAAGAUGUCAAAAUGAUAACUAUUAAUUCUGCCUCGUGUGUGUGACAUUUAGUUUACUUCAAUGCACUCAACUUUUCAAUUUAUAGUGUUGUUGUUAUGAAUAAAUAAUACAUGCACUAUUACCCUGUUUACACUAACAGUGUAAAGAUGAUGUAUGUGUAUAAGACUAAGUUUUGUGGUGUUCUAUUAGAA